AUGGUCUCAUGGAAUGUCUUCCGCAUCCUCGGUGAUGUGUCUCACUUAGGCUCAAUCUGCGUUCUGCUAUGGGCUAUUCACAAGAACAAAAGCGCUGAGGGUGUAUCCCUGCUCACACAGCUGCUUUAUGGAGCUGUCUUCGUUUUCCGGUAUCUCGAUCUGUUGCAGCCUUCAACAUACAAAAUCAUGGGCUCAGUGGGGACAUGGCAUGUGAUCUGGAAUGUUGCCUUCAAAAUCUUCUACCUGACCUCAUCAUUCUACACAAUCUUUUUGAUGAUGAAAGUGUUCCCGCGCACAAGAGAAAGAGAGCGUGCCUGGAAACUCGGCUUGUGGUCGGUAGCAGGAUCCCUGGUGCUGGCUCCCGUUGCGAUCUCCGUCCUCGAGCGAGAAUGGCCUGACGAUUGGUUCAUGGAGUUUUGCUGGGCUUUCUCUCAGAUCCUUGAAUCCGUCUGUGUCCUGCCACAGCUCCUUCUGCUCCGCCAGACGACUGUGCCGACAGUGAUUGACUCAUACUACUUGCUUGCGCUGGGAUCAUACCGGGCAUUCUACAUCCUUAAUUGGAUAGUGCGUCUCUUCAGCUCGGCACCGUUCCAUGAUCAAAUCGCAGUUGUGUUUGGAAUUAUCCAGACCGCAUUCUACGUCGACUUUGCCUGGGUGUACUACUCGCGUCAGCGUGUCAAACUCCGCAAUGGCGGUGUCGUUGACUCCGAAGAUUAUGGAAACAGCUGGCUCGUGAACCGCGUGAUGAACUUCAGGGCCUCGCGCCAUUCUACAGAUGAAGAACAGCAUCUUCGAGACGAGGAGACGGACGUGGAUGGCCAGUCUAACCACAACCGGUGGGGUGCUCGUGGAGUCUCGAUUGCGGCGGAUGACACCUUGGAAAGCAAUGGCCACAACAAGGCACAUCGCGAUGACGACAGCCUAGGUGGAUUUUCGGGAGACGAGGAUGAAAGCGAGAACCACGGCGCCAAGAUCACUCGCUAG